GGCACCGCAAACUCCAAGGCUGAUAACCCUAGCAGGCCUCUCUCCCUCUCUCUCGUUUGUUUGUUACAGUUGGGAAGUACCAGUAGGACGGAAAGUCUCUGAAAUUAUAUACACCAAAACCAACGGCCUCUUCUCGUUCUCUCCGCCCCUUGUCCCUGUCCCACCCAUAAAACCCCCUCUCCAGUACCUAUCCCUCUCGCCAAAGCCUUUUCUCUUCUUCGGAAUGGAAGCCUCCGCCAUGACGAGAUCGCUCCUCUCCGCGCCUCCCCUUCACUCCAAUCCGUUCCUCUCUUGCCAUGGCUCCAAUACGGACCUCCUCGCCUUUCCUUCCCCCAAAUCUCAACGAAGGAAUGCUCUUCCUCCCGUUCUGUCGCUCGCAAACCCUAAAUCUCCCGCUUGGGCGCUCGGAUUGGAGAGGCGGAGAAGCUUCCUGACUCGCUGCUCCGUCGAUAGCGCGGUGAAGACGGAAGAAGAAGUCCCGAUCGAGAAGAGGAUUCCGCCUUUUCCAACGGUUAUGGAUAUCAACCAGAUCCGUGAUAUUUUACCUCAUCGGUUCCCGUUUCUUCUAGUGGAUAGAGUGAUCGAGUACCAGCCUGGAGUUACUGCUGUUGGUAUCAAGAAUGUCACGAUCAAUGAUAACUUCUUUCCUGGUCACUUCCCGGAGCGACCAAUAAUGCCAGGUGUUCUCAUGGUUGAGGCCAUGGCUCAAGUUGGCGGUCUCGUAAUGCUGCAACCGGAAGUGGGUGGCUCUCGUGAGAAUUUCUUUUUUGCUGGGAUUGACAAAGUGAGGUUUCGGAAACCUGUGAUCGCGGGGGACACCUUGGUAAUGAGGAUGACACUGAUCAAACUGCAAAAACGCUUUGGGAUAGCGAAGAUGGAUGGGAAAGCAUAUGUUGGUGGUGAUUUGGUAUGCGAGGGUGAAUUUUUGAUGGCCACUGGAAGCGAAUGAUGCGUGCACGAGGCUCUGAUUUACAUUGAUCAGCCUUUCAUCUUUCUGAGCUAUAAGAUCUGCCUUGCAUCUUUCCGAGCUAUAAAAGAGUUGUUUUAAUUUUGCGUUGUAAUCAAACUUCUUUGCCGCUUCUGUCUGUAUCUGUCGCUGUCUGAUGUAUCUUAGGCUUGUCGUGCAGAAUAAACUAGUCGUCGAUUGUAAUCCAUCAUGACUGUGACUUUUUCUGGAUGGACUGUUUUGGCAGAGUCUUCCUUGCUAUAGGUAUCUGAGAAUGUUUGAAAUUUGCAAAGUCUUCUUGCAGUGGUCC